UGUGGGUUUGAAAUUUGGAAUAAUAUUUUUUUCCAUGUUGAUGUUACAAUUUGGAGAGAUUUUUCUCUUAUUCUAUGUAAAAUUUUUAGGGGGUGUAAAGUUCAGUCUACAGUAUUCAUUUUAAGUCACCUAACUGUAGCCAACUCCCUUGUCAUUUUCUCUGGAAAAAUUUUGGAGAUCAUGGCAGCUUUUGGAUUAAAAUAUUUUCUGUUAAUUUGUAAGCAAACUUGUUUACUGUUCUGCACCAGAAAUUCCAGGUUUCCCAAGCUUUAAGUAAAAGCCCUAUAGUACAUUGGCUUCUCCCACGUACUGUGCUGGGUCCGGAACAUGCGGUUAAGUCUCAAAGUUCUUAUGCUUAUGAUUGACAAAUUAAGUGACAAAAACAGCACAAAAAUCAUAUAUUUUUGGUGUCAUUCAACCAAGUUUAUGACAAAAACACAGUAUUUGAAACAUUGUUAUCCUCUUAUAAUGUUUAAAAAUACAUUUUUAACAUGACAGAUAAAAU